UUUUCAGAGGACCCUUAUUAUCAUGUUUGAUAUGCUGCUGCAAUUUUGUCAGUUGUUGAACAUCUUAUCUGCUGAAAAAUAAAAUAAUUAUAAUAGGUUUUUUCCCCUUGAGAUUUUCUGUAUUUAUUUCAAUUGUUUUGACAUGCAGCGUUGUUAUAUUCGAAGGUGAUCCCCUUCCCUCCGCAACAAGAUAUCGCAUGUCAUUUUUAAGUUUUAAUCCUUCCAUUGAUAAACUCAACGAGGAAGCAGUUGACCCCACUCAACCAGAAACCUCUGCUACAUGUUCUGUAAGACAAAGAGAAACAGAGUUGACCAGAGAAAACGGGAACUUGCGAGGUGGCUCACCCAUCUUGGAGCCAGAUAGCUUGGGUGGUGUUGCAAGUGAAGAUCUUAAGAGGGAACGACCUGUUUCCUCUGAAGCGCCAUAUCCGAAUAAAUCUCCGAAAAUUUUUCAAGGUGACCAACAAUCAUCUCCAAGUGGAAAUGGUAGUUCACAAAAUCAACACAAGCGUGAGAAGAUGGAUUGGAGUGUUCUCCGGCCUCCCAAAAAUCAAAAGAAAAAGAAGUAAUUGCUAUUACUGGUUAAUGCCCUUG